CCUUCUCUCGCGCUACAAUAUCCUAUGGUUCUACUCUUCCUCUCGACUUCUCGAAAAUUUCCGUGAAUCGAGUUGCGUUCAACUUUUCGACGGUACUGCUCUUGAAAGUAUUUCCUGCUCGUGCAAAUGUAAUCACGUAUAUCGAAAAAGAAUUCAAGCAUCAUUGCACGCAGUUACGUGCUUGGAAAAUACAAAAAAAGAAAUCUUGCGGUCUUUUUUUCUCUCUUUCUCUCUUUCUUUGUCUGUUCUCCAUUUGCCUGAAAUCCUCUGUCUCUUUCGGUACACGAGCGCGAAAACAUCGGCAACGCGAAGCAACAGUUCCAACAUCGAUAUAUCGAUACCGAGGGCUCGGGGGCGAGGUUUUGAGACAAUAGUUCCCGAGUGAGGUUACAUGAACUCAUUGAAAUGUUGUGGCCCCUCGAACGACGGACCUACGAUUAGCUCAGAGAGGCGAGAUCCGUGAGCAAAGAUAUCACAAUGUGCAUGUUGCUGCCACUGAGAUUGGUUUUAGUCGCAGCAAGUUUGCUGCUGGCAACUGCGGAAAAUAUCCACUUAGAUUUACAUCCUAAAGAACGUCUUGCUAUCGGCGAACGUAAACAAGCAAUUGCUGGAAUUGAAGCCAGCCUCUUGUCUUCUUUGGGCUUGACCAAAAGGCCAAAACCGCAAGGUGGUCCAGCUUAUGUUCCAGAUUCAUUACAAAAACUUUUUAUCAAACAAAAUGCAAUUGGCAUGGCUGAUAUUGCUAAACCAGGAAUUCAUGCCAGAUCUGCUAAUACAGUACGUUCUUUUUCUCAUAUCGAGAGUGAGUUGGAUCAUAAGUUUCAGACUCCAAAUCGCUUUCGUCUUUCUUUUGACUUAAGUAGCAUACCCUCAGAAGAGAAGUUACAAGCUGCAGAAUUAAGUCUUUCUCGUGUACCUAUUUUAAAUAAAAAUGACUCCGACCAAAAGUUGGGUAGAAUAUUAGUAUAUGAUAUUUUGCGUCCUGGUGCAAAAGGACAAAGUGCUCCACUAUUACGUUUAAUUGAUAGUAAGCUAAUAAACACUGGGAAAAAUAGCACAGUUAGUCUAGAUGUUCAUCCUGCUGUGAAAAGAUGGGUAAACAAUCCUAAAAGAAAUCACGGACUUUUGAUAUAUAUACAUGGAACUAAAGAGGAGCAUGUACGUUUAAAACGAAACACAAAUGAAAACGAUGAUACAUGGAUUGCUAAUCGCCCAAUGUUGUUUACUUAUACAGAUGAUGGCAGAUAUAAGAUGUCUUCUGCAAAUAAAAUAAUGAAUCGUCGUGCCAGAAGAGCAGCACUUCGGAAAAAUCGUCGAAAAGAUGGACGUGAAAAUUGUAGGCGACAUCCACUUUAUGUUGAUUUUGCUGACGUCGGUUGGAAUGAUUGGAUUGUUGCUCCCCCUGGUUAUGAUGCCUUUUAUUGUCACGGUGAUUGCCCAUUCCCAUUAGCAGAUCAUUUAAAUUCUACCAAUCAUGCAAUUGUCCAAAAUUUGGUUUAUUCAACAAAACCAAGUAUGGUGCCUAAAGCUUGCUGUGUGCCUACCGCUCUUAGCUCUAUAUCUAUGCUUUAUCUUGACGAAGAAAAUAAAGUAGUUUUGAAAAAUUACCAGGACAUGUCGGUCCUUGGAUGUGGAUGCCGUUAACUAUUUGCUAAUUGAUUCAAUAAACUACUUUUCACUUUUCCAAUGAAAAAUAUAUGUGCAAUAGAAGUGAAAAAAGUUAAAAAAACAUUACAAAGUGAGGGAACAAAAUAUUAAAAUUUUAUUAGAUUAAAUGAAUAGCAAAUAUUACUAUUUUUGGAGGGUACAUUGACUUGUUCAUUUAUUAGAUCUUUAUACAAUUAAGGUAAUUGAAAGAUUUUAAAUUAUAUAUAAAAAUUUUAAACAAUUAUCUAAUUGUCGUAACUUUACAUAUGAUCCUAGCUGUCUCCUAUUUAUAAAAUAAAAAAAGAUCUAAGAAAUUUAUAUAAUGUAAAAUUUUUGAUUUAUCGAUUAUCAUAGAAAAUUUAGAUACAAAGAAUAAAAAGGAUCUGCUAUAAAUACUUCAAGUCUUCCAAAAUUUUGUGUACAAGAAAUAACAAUCAACUCUUAUUGAACAUAAUGAUUAUUUUUAUUAAAUAUACAAUGAGUCAAUAUGACUAAAAGAAAAAUUUUAUAAAGUAUUAGACACUUAACCCGGGAUUACCCACCUGGGGGUCUAGCGCAGGUACAUCCCGACGACUAGACCCUCACGUGGGUAAUCCCGGGUUAAGAUCUUGACACUUAUACUUGUGCCUUAGACUAAAGUAUUUUAUAAUUAAGAAAGAAAAAAAAUAUUUUUAGGAGAUUUUAAAUCGAAGGUUUAAAUGCGCGCGCCAAAAUUUUAAAUAUCCAUCUCCUCUUGUUAAGAAAGUUUUUAAACAAUUUGUUGCUAUUAAUUUUUUAAAUCGAUUGUUAAUUGUUCAAAAAGAGAAAAUUUUAUUUGAACAAGCAUGCAAUCGAUAUUUCUUGACGGUAGGACAAUUGAUGCAACACUUAACUGAUAGUCCUAAAUGUUUAUUUAUCAAUUUAAAAAAAGAAAAUUUUCUUUUAUAAUUCUUCUUACAUUCCAUUUACAUUAUUUUUACUUAACAAUUACUUUUACACGGUCUUAAAAUUUUUUUACAUUAGUAUUAGAUUUGAAGUAGUAUUUAAUUACUUUUUUAAGUAUUUAAACAAAGAUAUUUCAAGUAUUAAUCAGACACUCAUUUUUAAUUAAGUAUGUUAAAAUAUCAAUAUUGAAGAAUACUGUUACGAGAAUAUAUAUAUUUAUUUUACAGUAUAUUUUUUAAAAUAUUUAAUUUUUGUAAGAUAUUUUUUGCGUAUAAAAUAUGCGUAUAAGAUUUUUGUACCUUAUUGAAAUUAAUAAUUAAUUAAAACAACUAAAGUUGUUAUUACAUUUUCUAUAGUUUAAUAAAUAUUGAAUAUAUUAGAAACUUAUAAUAAAAAAACUUAAAAAUAUUUCACUGUAAUUAAAUAUUAUCUGUACAGUUUGGAAAGUAUAAUAAUAAUUUACUAUUUUAAACGAGAUAUAGAACAUUUUAAACCUAUUUUCUUCCUUAUUUAUUUCAGCUAUAAUAGUAAUUCCAAUAUUAAUUUCUUAUUGCUUGAAUUUGAUUUUUUAUAUUUAAUUUGUUAAUUUAUUAUAAUAUUGAAGGUAUAAAUGUCCUUAAACAGAUUCUUCCUGCCGUCAAGAAAUAAACCGUACCUGCCUGACGAACAAUUAUUUAUAUUAGCAGAGAAAUCUUUUUCUGAAUAUAUGUACUAUAUUUGUAUAAAAGCAAAAGACAAGAAUCUUUUAUAGCUAUGGCGCGCAUCAGCCUGUAAAAUCUGUAAGAUAGAAAAAGAAACAUCUAAUGUAAAUAUUGCGUUUGUAUAGUGAAUUUAUAUAUAUAGCAUUCUAUUCAAUGUUUUUAUUAAUAUUUUUACGUUUUUCGAUUGUAUACAGAUAUUGCGUAUGUAAAUAGUAAAUAAAUUUUAAUAAAAAUAUAUGUUUAAAUUAUA